AUGGUUCACACAGUCCCCAAGCUCAAGGAUCCGUCCCUCUUCAUUGAGAAGGCUUUUGUCAACGGAGAGUUCGUCUCCGCGGCCUCCUCUGAGACUUUCGACGUACACGACCCCGCCACUGGAAAAAAGAUCGGCUCAGCUCCCGAGUUCAACAAAGAUGACACCGACAAGGCCAUUGCCGCCGCUACCGAAGCAUUCAAGACUUUCCGUAAGACGACUGCUCGCGAAAGAGCUGUGAUGCUCCGGAAAUGGUACGAUCUCAUGCUUGCGAACGCGGAAGACCUAGCAACUCUUGUGUGUAUGGAAAAUGGCAAACCUAUCGCCGAUGCCCGUGGCGAAGUGGCGUAUGCAGCGAAUUUCUUUCUUUGGUUCAGCGAAGAAGCUCCUCGCAUAUAUGGUGACACCAUUGCCGCAACCGUUCCGGGAAAUCGCAUAAUGACCUGGAGACAGCCAGUCGGUGUAGCUGGAUUAAUCACGCCCUGGAACUUCCCUGCUGCUAUGAUCACUCGCAAAAUUGGUCCCGCUUUAGCAGCUGGCUGCACUGUUGUGGCCAAAUCUCCGGGCGAGACACCCUUCACAGCGAAUGCACUGGCAGAGCUUGCCCGUCGCGCUGGAAUUCCCAACGGCGUUGUCAACAUCGUUACGGCACUGAAGAACACGGCCGAGGUGGGCGAAAUCUUAACUACGGAUUCACGCAUCAAGAAAGUCUCCUUUACUGGCUCCACCAAUGUAGGAAAAUUGUUGAUGAAACAAGCCAGUGGUACGAUCAAGAAGCUCUCGUUCGAACUAGGGGGCAAUGCCCCGUUCAUUGUCUUCGAUGAUGCGCCGGACCUUGACGCUGCGGUAGCAGGCGCCAUUGCAUGCAAAUUCCGCUCCUCGGGUCAGACUUGUGUGUGUGCAAAUCGCAUUUACGUCCAACGAGGGAUCUAUGACGAAUUCGUGACCAAAUUCGCCGAGAAAGUCAAAGAUUUCAAAGUGGGCUAUGGUUUUGACGAUGGUGUGACUCAUGGUCCGGUGAUUCACGAUCGGGCUGUCACGAAGGUGGAGCAGCACGUCCAGGACGCCACAAAGAAGGGCGCUAAACUGCUGGUUGGAGGCCAGCGCCUGCCCGACCUGGGUUCGAACUUCUACGCCCCAACGGUGCUCCGCGAUGUCACGGCAGACAUGGCUAUCGCGACAGAAGAAACAUUCGGCCCUGUUGCUGGGAUCUUCGCAUUCGACACCGAGAAGGAAGUCGUCGAGGCUGCGAAUGCCGCCGAAGUUGGCCUCGCAGGAUAUUUUUUCUCUCGAGACGUAGGGCGCAUCUAUCGGAUUGCCGAAGCCUUGGAGGUCGGAAUGGUCGGUGUCAAUACUGGUCUCAUCAGCGAUGCUGCAAGUCCGUUCGGCGGAGUGAAAGAAUCUGGCUUUGGGCGCGAGGGAAGCAAGUAUGGCAUCGAAGAGUACACGGUCAUCAAGUCGGUAACUAUUGGGGGAAUAUCCAACGAUCUACAGUAG